UUACCUGUAGCGUCCGUUGUGUUCCCUCUCUCUCUUUCCCUAUAGCUCCCGUUUGGCCAGUUCUCUUCUCCCCUUUCUCUCUGCAAAAUGGGCUUGGAUUGGCCAUUAACCCUUGUCUAAGCCGCCUUGAAUGGAUGCUUCUAUUCAAUCUGAGAUCGAGGACCUUUGAAUCUCUGAAAAAGGUGGAGUAUUUGCCUGUGUUUCAUUGGUUCUUGGAGCUCCUGGGAGUAUCAGAUUCGAAGCCCUAAUUUCGGCCAUUCUUUGCCAGAAAGUGUUAAGUUAGAGUUACAUUUGUACUGUUAGUGGAGAUUUGUGGAGUUUUAAUGAAAUUGCUGGGGACAAUCGUGGAGUUUUGAAUGUUUGAAGGUGGAAAGGGCAGUCACAGGUGGAAAACAGGGAGAGAUUAUUGGAUUAGGGUUUCUGACUCUCAUUUUGUGGCUAGAAGACCUUUAUUUUGAUUACGAGGUAAAUGCACGGUGUUUUUGUUUUUGGUCAUGAUCUUUGGUAAUGGGUUGAUUUCCGUAGAAGAUUGGGAUUGCUUUCAGUUGGUAAUCUAGGGCUUCGACGUUACUGGAUGUGAUUAGGGAACCUGAAUCACUGUCGUCAAAUUCUUUUGAAUUCAUUGAUUUUUUGGAGGUUGGGCGAGCUGUGAUAUUUGAUUAAGGUUUGGUAUAGAUUCCUGUUAGGGAAUUUCUCGUUCUGGUUUUGUAGCUAAAGUAAAGCGAUUUCAGUUAUUAUUCAGAGAACUUGCCAUAAAGAACUCAAAUGGGCAGGGUUUUGGCUUUGUCUCAAUGAGAUGAUAUUUCUUAGGAAUUCAGCUUAGUCAAGUUUAUGGGGUGAGAAGAAUUGAUGGGCUGCACCAUUACAAGGCUAGAUUCUGUAGUUUAUAGGGAAGAGAAAUUCUGUUCUUGGUUUCAAGCUUCUUUAUUGGGGAGACAGGUAGGUGAAUGGAAGGCUUUCAAUUGCACAAAGUGAUGUUUGGGUUGGCAAAUCACUGGUAUUACAAGCCUUUCAUGAAGCCUUCGCUUAUACAAAGAGGCUUUGCUUUGGCGAGGUUUGGUGUGUGAUUUCAUAAGGUCGAUGACAGAUCUUCCCAGGAAUGGCCCUGUCGAAAGGGAUAUUGAGCAGGCAAUUACAGCUCUCAAGAAAGGAGCAUAUUUACUCAAGUAUGGACGCAGAGGGAAGCCAAAGUUUUGCCCUUUUAGGCUCGCUAAUGAUGAGUCUAUACUGCUCUGGUAUUCUGGUAAAGAGGAGAAACAACUUAAACUUAGCCAAGUCUCAAGAAUCAUACCGGGACAACGUACUGCAAUAUUUCAGCGAUAUCCAAGGCCUGAGAAGGAAUACCAAUCGUUUUCUCUUAUAUACAAUGAUAGGUCUUUGGAUUUGAUCUGCAAGGACAAAGAUGAAGCUGAAGUCUGGUUUGUUGGCUUGAAGGCCUUAAUUUCCCGUGGUACUCACCGGAAAUGGAGAAUAGAAUCAAGAAGUGACAGAGCUUCAUCAGAUACGAACAGUCCAAGUACCUAUACUCGAAGGAAUUCCCCAUUAGGCUCUCCAUAUGAUGUUGGUGACAAUCAAUCUGGCCAGAGCCCAUAUGAUAGCCCUCCACGCAAUGGAAUUGGAAAGGCAUUUUCUGAUGUGAUAUUAUUCACUGCUCCUCCAAUUGCCAAUUUGGUUAUACCAUUCCCAUCAGGAAGUGGUGAUAAUUCAAAUGGACACAUGCGAAUUAGUGCCGCGGAUAAUUUUAGAGUAAGUCUUUCUAGUGUGGUGAGCUCAUCAAGUCAAGGUUCUGGUCAUGAAGAUUUUGAUGCAUUAGGUGAUGUUUUCCUUUGGGGAGAGGCCACAGGUGAAGGCUUGCUAGGUGGUGGCAUACAGAGGCUUGGUAGUUCCUCAGGUGCCAAGAUGGAUUCUCUUUUACCCAAAGCCUUGGAAUCAGCAGUUGUUCUUGAUGUUCAUAAUAUAGCUUGUGGAAGUAGACAUGCUACACUAGUCACAAAGCAAGGGGAGGUUUUUUCUUGGGGAGAGGAAUCUGGAGGUAGGCUUGGUCAUGGAAUAGAAGCUGACGUUGCCCAGCCAAAGCUGGUUGAUGCUCUUAGUGGCAUGAAUGUUGAACUUGUAGCAUGUGGGGAAUAUCAUACAUGUGCUGUAACAAUGGCUGGAGAUCUAUACACAUGGGGUGAUGGUACUCACAAUUUUGGGCUACUUGGACACGGUACUGAGGUUAGUCAUUGGGUCCCAAAAAGAGUAAGUGGUCCAUUAGAGGGUAUACAUGUAUCAUCUAUAUCUUGUGGGCCUUGGCAUACAGCUGUUGUGACAUCUGCAGGUCAGUUGUUUACCUUUGGUGAUGGGACUUUUGGUGCUCUUGGUCAUGGAGAUCGUGCAUGUACAAGCACACCUAGAGAAGUGGAAUCUCUAAAGGGGCUACGUACAAUGCGAGUAGCCUGUGGUGUUUGGCACACUGCUGCAAUUGUCGAAAUUAUAGUUGGUUCUUCUAGUUCUAGUAACACUUCAUCUGGAAAACUCUUCACUUGGGGAGAUGGGGACAAAGGCCGGCUUGGACAUGGUGAUAAGGAGCCUAAAGUUAUCCCUACAUGUGUUGCUUCUCUUGUUGAGCCAAACUUUUGCCAAGUAGCUUGUGGUCAUAGCCUGACAAUUGCCCUAACAACCUCAGGGCGUGUAUACACAAUGGGUAGCACUGUUUAUGGUCAGCUCGGAAAUCCCCAUGCAGAUGGAAAGCUUCCCACUUGUGUUGAAGGCAAGAUUCGCAAUAGUUUUGUUGAAGAAAUAACCUGUGGUGCUUAUCAUGUUGCAGUUUUGACCUCAAGAACUGAAGUUUACACUUGGGGAAAAGGAGCGAAUGGGCGAUUAGGUCAUGGAGAUACUGAUGAUAGAAAUACCCCAACACUUGUUGAGGCUUUGAGAGACAAGCAAGUUAAGAGUGUUGUGUGCGGCUCCAAUUUUACUGCAGUUAUCUGUCUCCAUAAAUGGGUUUCCUGUGCCGAUCAAUCCAUCUGCUCUGGUUGCCACCUUCCUUUUGGCUUUAGAAGGAAACGACAUAACUGCUAUAACUGUGGUUUGGUAUUUUGUAAUGCCUGCAGUGGUAAAAAAUCUCUAAAAGCUUCAUUGGCUCCAAAUAUCAAUAAACCUUAUCGCGUCUGUGACGACUGUUAUCUGAAACUCAAGAAGGCUAUAGAGGCUGGUUCAGUUUCUCGAUUUGCAGGAAACAGGAGUGGGAGUUUGAACCAUAGGUCAUAUGAGGCACCAGAAAAUGGUCCUCUAGAUUCCAAAUCUCAUGCACAACUCUCAAGGCUCUCUUCAAUGGAAUCAUUCAAGCAUGUCGAAGGCAGAUCUGUAUCCAAGCGCAACAGGAAAUUAGAGUCCAAUAGUAAUCGUGUCUCACCCAUUCCAAAUGGAAACAAUCAGUGGGAGAGUGUAACUUUUUCAAGGUCUUUAAAUCCUGUAUUUGGUUCAUCAAAGAAAAUCUUUUCAGCUUCUGUUCCUGGUUCAAGAAUUGUUUCUCGGGCGACAUCCCCUGUCUCAAGAAGACCAAGCCCCCCGCGUUCCACAACACCGACACCAACUAUGUCUGGGCUUGCUUCUCCUAGAGCCGUUGUGGAAGGUGCAAAACAAACAAAUGAUAGCUUAAGCCAAGAAGUUGUGAAAUUGAGGGUUCAGGUUGAGAAUCUUACACGUAAAUCUCAACUUCAAGAAGUUGAACUUGAAAAAGCCACGAAGGAACUGAAGGAUGCCCAGGCACUAGCACGGGAAGAAUCAGAAAAAUGCAAGGCAGCGAAAGAUGUAAUCAAAUCACUGACUGCACAGUUGAAGGACAUGGCUGAAAGGCUAGGAGAAGGGAAAAUUGAUGGACCAGUUUCUGUUUCCUCUCACACUAGCAAUAAUCUGGGUCUCACUUCUAAUGAGAAUCAUCUGAGCAGUGCAAUAGCCCACGAUGAUGCCGACUCCAACGGCUCAAGCAAUUUGCACUCAAGCAAUGAAAACAAAGCACCUGCUUUGGGUGAGUGGGUGGAACAAGAUGAGCCUGGUGUUUACAUCACUCUCACCUCCUUACCUGGAGGUGCAAAGGAUCUCAAGCGGGUUCGGUUCAGCCGGAAAAGAUUCAGUGAACGGGAGGCAGAGAAAUGGUGGGCAGAGAAUAGAGCUAGGGUUUAUGAGAAAUACAGGAUACGCUCAGUGGAGAGACCGGACAUGGGUCCCGCUUCAAUGUCCGGAAGAACAGAGCAUGAAGAGAAGACCUAGCAAAGAACCCCUUAUUUUCUUGAUAACACCGGAAACUGUACAUUGUUAGCUCAUCCGGUGGCUCAAAAACCGUGACAGUUAUACGGGGCCAUGAAUGGGUCACAUUAUGGUGGAUUCAUGGGUCUUAGAAAGGAGACAGAUUUGGAGGCUUAGAUAAGAGAGAGAAAGAGAGAGAGAGAGAGGAGUUGUAUAAUUGUAUGAAGAGGAAGUGGAUCUUUCUGCUGAUUUUGUGUUGUGUUCGUGUGUGAGGGUGUGCAUGCAUUGUUCUUUGAAAGAUCCGCGGAUUUUUUUUUCCUAUUGUGUAUCAUUCAACUCAAGAGUCUCUUUUUGCCUGUC